UGCAAGCAACCCCCAAGUCUCCCAACUCCACGCAGCAAAGGCAAACCACUCACUCGAUCACCCCGAUCGAACUCGCGCACGCGCAGUGAGUCAAGCAUGUGCAAGGUCGUGAUCACGAUCCCGUCGCUCGUCUGGCUGCGCCGUGCCGUGCGGCGGUGGCGGUCGCGCACCUCCGGCAAGGGAGGAGCGGCGGACGCCGCGGCGGUGCCGGCGGGGCACGUGGCGGUGUGCGUGGAGGGCGCCGGCGCCGGCGGCGGCGGGUCGGCGGCGCCGAGGCGGUUCGUGGUGCGGCUGGCGCAUCUCAGCCACCCGGCGUUCCUGGAGCUGCUGCGGCAGGCGGAGGAGGAGUACGGCUUCCCGGCCGCGCCCGGCCCCAUCGCGCUCCCCUGCGACGAGGAUCACUUCCUCGAUGUCCUCCACCGCGUGUCCUCCUCCUCCUCCUCGCCCUACUCCUGCUGCUGCGGGCCGGCCGUCUCGCGGCGCGCGCGCGGCGACGCGCGGCCGCUGCUGCAGGGCAUGGCCGUGGAGAAGCUCGUCUGCUAAUCCGUCCUCAGCCGCCGCCGACCGAAUGAAUCGAAGACAAAUCUACAUUAGUCCACCGGCGAGCUGGUCUGCUGGUGAUUUGUUUGAAAUUUGAAUAGUGCAAGACUGCGAGCACACGCAUAUGCAAGUCGGCAGCGGCAGCUAGCGCGCGGGAAAAAGGAGAAAGAGACUCGCCCGGCUGGCGCGGCCGGGAAGACCGUGCGCGCGCGCGCGCGCACAGGCAGCAACAGCAAGCGCCGGGGCAUCGGAGUAAAGGUUGCGUCAUCCCGUGCUCUGCGUAAAGGCGGCGCCCCAACGGCGACGGCCGCGAGGGCUACUGGGGAAGGCACAGACAUCGUAAACACAGCAGCAGUUGCUGUAUGGGUUGUUUAGGAGCUGGUAGAUGGUAGUAGUGGAAAUUGAUUCAAAAGGGUACAUGAUGAUUUUUUUUGGUAUUCUUCUCUCUGUAAUAACUCUUAUCGAUUGGGUGUUAAAAAAUCUCGAUCGGUUCGCAAAUCUUUGCUGGGAAUAAACAAAGAAUUGUUCUGUGUA